CGCCUCAAUAUUGCUUCAGGGUGUGCGGGCAACAUGGGACCUACACAAGGCAAGAGUGCUGGCAACAUGGGACUCGCACAAGGCAAGAGUGCUGCAAUCGCGCCGCCGUCAUCACCACCGUCGUCGCCACUUGCACACCCAACGCAUGAACCGAAUAUGUUCACCUUUGACUUGACGCCGGUGUGCAUUGGCCGAAGUCGCGACUGCGAGCUCUCGCUGUCGUCCGAUGUGAGUUCGUCCCGCGUCGUGAGCAAGAAGCACGCGCGGCUGUAUCCAUGUAUGUUUGAAAACAACCAACAAGUCAGGUGGUUCCUCAAAGACCUCGACAGCAAGCACGGCACAAGUGUGAACGGCGUCGACGUCAAGUCCGACUCGUCGGUCCAAGUGUUCGAUGGCGAUGUCAUCGUUUUGGCGCGUCAACCGCAUCCCCCACACGACGACGAUCAGGACAACGCCAAUCCUUCAUCCCCUUCGAUUUCCAUCAAGUGUCACCUCCAUGGUCGUGGCAACGCCUUGCUCACGCUGAUCACGUCCACUUCGUUGAACCAACGGCACUCCGCCUUGCCCCAUCCUUACAAACCUAGCCACAGCACUGACAAGCGUAAAUUCCACGCAGCUACAUCCUCUCCGCGCCAACCUUCCUCUGGUCGACCUCCUUCCGACAUCGUGAAGAAGCGCUUCCGAUCCCUGGAAGCAGACCCUGCCAACCAUGACGAGUCGCCGCUCAAGUGCCCCGUGUGCUUUGAGUUCUUCGUCGACAGUUUGACGUUGGCCUGCUCCCAUACAUUUUGCGGCGGUUGUUUGCGCAGCUGGUUGUUGCAGUCGCUAACGUGUCCGACGUGCCGUGUUGGAGUCACGGACGUCCCCGUACGCACUCGGGCGCUGGACAACCUGUGCAUGCAGCUGGUUGACCCCACAGACGCCGCGUGGAUGCUACGCCAGCAAACGUGGCACGCAGAGGCGGCGCGGCUGACGAAGAAAGCCAAGAAGAUUCGGCAUGCGUUCCUCGAAACCAAAGCGCUUCCGUGGCCGAAUGUGUGGACGACGUGGCAUGACACGAGGGACCGUGAAGUGUUCUCGCAGACAGUGUCCGUCGCGGUUGGACAAGUUCGAGAAGCCUGGUGCGAAGCCGUCGGGCUCACCGAAGCUGCCAUCGACAGCCAUGGCAAGGCCAAGCUGUUGGUUGCGUCGUCGAAUUUGCUAGUGGCCACAAAUGGGAGAACACAUCGCGGAGAUGGACCAAGCACCGACAACCUCCGCCAUCGACUUCGCAUGUUCCUUCGGUACGGAUAAGCGCGUCUUAUUGAUGGAAUUGUGCCAA